UCUGUGUGGCCCUUGCAGUAAGCACAGUGUGAGGAGAGGAGGUGCCGUUGAGAUCCCAGGGGAGGGUCCACACUUCUGACAGAGAUGAACGAACCAAGCAGAAUGCCAGAAAGAGUUACAUAGAAGAAAGGAGUUUCUUUUAGAUACAGUUGUUUCAGCACCAGAGAUUCCACGUUCUAUGAUUCCAAUUCCGAGCAGUGCUGUCUGUUUCAGCACCACUCAGGGACGGACAGUUCCCAGCAAAGGACAGAGUCACUCUGCUCACACUCACUGACACAGCACACUUUGAAUCGAAAUCAUUCUCCAGGAGAGCCUGAAGCACAAUGUACCAGGGACAUAUCCAGGUAGUAGGUGUGACCUUGAAGAAAAAGUGGCUCAAUCUCCCAAAAAGUGACAUGACCCCAAUUUUGGGGAAAAGCUCUAGGGCGACAGAUAAGGCUGUUGCCAUGGUGAUGAAGGAGAUACCGAGGCAGCCGUCUGCAGAGGAAAAGCCCCUCCUUACUAUGACAUCACAGGUGAAGACAACCAAGCAAAAAGCUAAUCAACUGGUGAAUGAGCAACAAGAAAGCAGACCCCUUCUCAGUCCCUCGAUUGAUGACUUUCUCUGUGAAACUAAAUCAGAACCAAAAGCCAGGCCAGUAACUUCAAAUACAGCAGUAUUAUCAUCACCCGGGCUGGACCUCCUAGAUCUGAGUGAGCCAGUCACGCCUACUCCAAGUAAAGGAAAAAAGUCAGAUGUUGCAUUAAAAGGGGAAACUUCGAAAGGUCAAAUCAUAAAAAAGAAAGUGGACGAGACUGACCUCAUUAAAACAGAGACAGAGAAAGUUCCAAAAAGUGUCAGAAUGCCCGAGAUGGCUUCCUUGGAUUUAGUACACAUUCAAACACAGUUAGAAAAAUGGGGUGAUGGGCGAUUUCGAGGAGAUAAGAACAAUGAGAGUCUUCGAGGACGAGAAAGAAAAUCUUCAUCUAAAGAGGCUUCCAAAGAACUAUUAUGGUGCACAGACAGUAGACAACAAGCGGAUUCAGCGAUGGGAAAUAAUGAGAUAGAAAUGGAACAGGCAUCUGAGUUGGAAUUGGCACCUUCUACAAAAGUGGACUUGGCAGGAUUUGGCAGCAGACUGGAUGUGAGGUGUAAAGGUGAACCCAGAAUCAAAGAUAACAUCAAGGGGCAACUAACAAGAGAGUCUCGGUUGGGGGGAGCAUUUCUCUCCAGAAACCAAUCGCUAGAAGAAGAAUUUGAAAGAGCGAAAGCUGCAGUUGAGUCAGAUACUGAAUUUUGGGAUAAGAUGCAAGCUGAAUGGGAAGAAAUGGCACGAAGAAACUGGAUUUCAGAAAAUGCAGACUCAGCGAGUCAGAUUGGAACAUCGUCAAAAGAAACGGGCUAUUAUUUUAACAUGGAAAAUCCUUUCAGGGAAUGCUCCGGGGCCUUUGAGGAGGGGAUGAGGAAACUGAAAGAAGGGGAUUUGCCUCUAACCAUACUCUACCUAGAAGCUGCUAUUUUACAGGAUCCCAACGAUGCAGAGGCCUGGCAGUACCUUGGGAUCACACAAGCUGAGAAUGAGAAUGAACAGGCUGCUAUUGUGUCACUUCAGAGGUGCUUACAGCUACAACCAAAUAACUUAAAAGCUCUUAUGGCUUUAGCAGUUAGCUACACAAAUAUUGGACAUCAGCAAGAGGCAUACGAAGCUUUGAAAAGCUGGAUAAAGCAGAACCCUAAAUAUAAGCACCUUGUGAAGAGCAAAUCUGCUUCCCCAACAACAACAAGGAAAAUGUCAAAAGCUAUAUGUGACAGUGCAUCUCUGGAAGAGGUAAAGGAGCUGUACUUGGAAGCAGCACACCAGAAUGGGGAUCUGGUAGAUCCAGAUCUACAGACAGGACUCGGAGUCUUAUUCAACCUCAGUGGAGAGUUUGGCAGAGCCGUUGAUGCUUUCAACUCUGCCUUAAUGGUUCGACCAGAGGACUAUUCAUUAUGGAAUCGCCUUGGUGCAACACUGGCAAAUGGAGACAGAAGUGAAGAAGCUGUGGAAGCCUAUUCAAGAGCACUGGAAAUACAGCCAGGUUUCAUCAGGUCCCGAUACAACUUGGGGAUAAGCUGCAUAAACCUUGGUGCUUACAGAGAAGCCGUUAGCAACUUUCUCACAGCUUUAAGCCUUCAGAGGAAAAGCAGAACUCAGCAGCAAUUCCACCCUCCGGUGAUCUCAGGUAAUGUUUGGGCAGCACUCAGAAUAGCGCUCUCCAUGAUGGACAAACCAGAACUUUUCCAUGCUGCCAACGUAGGAGAUUUGGAUAUUCUCUUGAGAGCUUUCAAUAUAGAUCCUUGAAUUUGAUUCUGUAUCUCAAUGACAGUUCUACAAAUGAAUUGGCUUUCUCUGGAAUUACAGAAAGACACGAUAUUCAGCACUUCCACUAGAUCAUAGCUUGGCAUAUUUUUUAUGCCCCCUCCCCAAAGAUUGCCAAGUUAUGUCUGAUACAGAAAAAGCACAAAACCAUGAAGAAUGGUGAUGAACAUAUUAAUAAACGUAAUACUCAUACAAAUAAAUCAAUGUAUAAUCAUAAAAAUAAGACUAUUUUAGAGCAACAAUGGAUAUUCAUGGGUUCUGGGAAAAGAUGGAGGCAUUUGGCUGAAGACGAAUUCUCCAACUACAUGAAAUACCUCUCGCUGCUUGGUCAGAGGCCUUGUUCGGAAGGAGCGUAAUAGACAAACUGGGACUACGAUCACAUGCAAUGCAUGAUGUGAGAGAUAUGGAUAGAUAUGUGCAUGAAGAUCUAUUUACUUCUUAAAAUAAUUGCAUACACUUGAUAAGAUAAUUAGACAUGUUUAUAGAUAUUGAGUAGUUUUAUUAGUACUGUUUUUAAAACUUCUGCUCUUCUGAGGACCUAUAACAGUACUUCUAUGACCUAAUAACACUAUACAGUAAUCGGGGACCACAAGUGCUGUUCCCCCUAAGGUAAGCUGUACAAUACAGAAACUUCUAAAAUAGUAUUAUACAAAAGUCACCCUCCAAUCUGCAUUUGGUCCUUCUAAACCUACAAAAUGCAUACAGACAGAAUCCUUGUUUCAGGUUGGAUUGCUCACUUUAGAGAGAACACGGGCCACAACGAUGAGACUGAAGUCAGGAGGUAGAGAUGCUGUCUUUUCACGACAAUGUGUCUUGUUCUUUGGGCUGGCCAACUGGCAAAUUUGCUAUAGAUGACAGUGAGGAUGUUGAGCGUAUGAAAGAGUACGUUGCACUAACUUUCUCAGACUACUAAUUUUGAACGUGGCUAUACACGUGCACUUUAGCCUUUUUUCCUUUAUUUAUGCAAAUAAUCUCCUUUAAAGUAAUGUUAAAGGAUUAAAUAAUCCUGGCCAAUAAGGCACGUCGGACCAAAUAAUAUUUUGCUUAAGUUUUUUUGUACUCAAACAAUGAAUCCCAUGUAAGUUAAUUUAGAACAAAACAAAAUAUAUGUGAAUCAUGUACAUCAACCGAAAGAUGGAAACCGGUUCAAUAAGUGCUUAGUUUUUAAUAAUAUACACAUGAAGAAUUAAAAUAGAUCUUUUAAAGAACAUAUCUUUUUAUAUUUUCAUAUAAUAGUAAGACACAAUAUCUUGUGUAGUAAGGUAGGCCAAUCAAUCACUGCCAGUUUCCGUAAUAUCACCAAAAUAUAAAUUUUCAAUAACAUUUCAGACAAAAUGCAUUCCGUAGAUUGGCAAAGUGUUAUAACACAGAUGAUUAUUUAAUAAUCAAUUAAUAAUUUAGUAAUAGAUUGUAUAUUACUUAAUUCUCACCAUAACAUUGAGAAGACAGUUGACUAUUAUUUACUAAAGAUUACUAUAAAACAGAAUUGUAAAUACUCAACACCAGAGCUAUUUUUAUACCUUCAAAACCUGUACUUUUUAUUGUUUGCAAUUCACUUCUGAAAUACCUUAAAAUUCUUUUUUCAGAUACAUUUCGGGAACAAUUUGUGAUU